AUGGAUACGCACGUCGACGCAAUCCACAUAUCGACCAAAGACGAGAAAUCUACUUCUCCCGACGUGGAGGCGCCUCUACAAAUGGCUGAGCAGAGCAAUGGUGAGUUCGAAGAAGUUAAGGCGUUAAGGCAGGGCCUUCAUCAGAGACACAUCCAAAUGAUCGCCCUGGCUGGCACCAUUGGAACGGGUCUCUUCCUCAGCUCAGGCCGAGAAAUUGCUCGCUCUGGCCCGUUAGGGGCGUUCCUAGGGUAUCUUGUCAUGGGCAGUGUGGCUGGUACCGUCACGCUCGCAGUAGGUGAAAUGGGAACACUUGUUCCUCUGAACGGGGGCAUCGUGCGCUAUGCUGAAUUCUUUGUUGAUCCAGCAUUGGCAUUUGCCAAUGGCUAUAACCUGGUUUACUCCUACCUCGUGUCCAUUCCCGCUGAGAUCGUAGCCGCAUCUGUGCUGGUGCAGUUCUGGUCGGACUUGAACAGUGCCAUCUGGAUCACCAUCUUCGGCUUGAUCAUGUUGUGCACUGCUCUGGUCUUUGUUCGUGUGUAUGGAGAGCUCGAGUUCUUUUUCUCCACGCUGAAGAUCUUGCUGAUCAUUGGAGCCAACAUCAUGGCUCUCGUCAUUACUUGUGGUGGCGGUCCCAAUCAUGAAUCCAUCGGGUUUAGAUAUUGGCGCGAUCCCGGUCCGUUGGUUCAGUACCUUGGGAUCAGCGGCUCCCUUGGCCGUUUCUUGGGUGUCUGGACAUCCUUGAAUAACGCUCUUUACGCCUUUUCAGGCAUUGAAACAAUCACAGUUGCAGCUGGAGAGACCAAGUCUCCGAGGCGAGCUAUUCCCCAGGCCACCAAGCGCAUUUUCAUUCGAAUCUCUGUAUUCUACAUCAUAUCAAUCUUCAUGAUUGGCCUCGUCGUACCGUCUAAUGACCCCAGUCUCGAUCAUUCCAGUGGCACGGCAUCCACAUCACCGUUUGUUAUUGCAGCCACUCGAGCAGGGAUCAAGGUUGUCCCGUCAAUCAUCAAUGCCGUCGUCAUCAGCUCUGCCUGGUCUUCGGGAAACUCAAACUUACUCGGAGGAUCGAGGGUAUUAGUUGGACUGGCUGUGCACGGCCGAGCUCCCAAGUUCUUCACUCGGCUCAACAGAUUCUCAGUACCCUGGGUGGCAAUUUCUCUGUACGGCUUGUUUAUGUGCCUAGGAUACAUGACGCUAUCUUCAACCGCAAGCACGGUGUUUGACUGGCUGCAAGACCUUGUCUCCAUCACCACCCUAACCAACUGGUUGACCAUCCUGGUCACAUACCUCCGUUUCUUCUAUGGCUGCAAAAAGCAAGGCAUUUCUCGAAAGUCUCUACCGUGGGCAACCCCAUUCCAGCCGUAUAUCACGUGGGCUGCGCUGGUCGUGCUCACCGUCUUUCUUAUCACUGGCGGCUACUCAACCUUUAUCAGGGGCCACUGGGACAACGAGACGUUCGUCUCCUCUUAUAUUAACAUCCCUCUUUUCCUAAUCCUGUAUUUUGGAUAUAAGUAUAUUUGCAAAACAAAAAUUGUGGCCUUGGACGAUAUUCCUAUCCAGCCGUUCAUUGACAUUGCUAAUCGCAACGUCGAGCCUCCACAAAAGCCUAAGAAAGGCCUGCACAAGCUCAACAUUUUGUGGGGCUGA